UCUGUGUAUACUGUAGCUCAGAUGUGGAUGUUGACUGGUUGAUGUGGGGGAUGUUUGAAACACGUGAAUGUAUUAGAAAGAAGGUUUAAAGGUGAACAGAGCUAAUAGACAGAGAGUGAGGUCACAGUCGCUGCACGCCAGGAAAACGGCAGAAAUCUAGGAAACCUGCAAACAUGAGCCAUUUAAAAAAAGUGAUUAGGAAGAUGAAGGUGAAAAAUGAACUGACGCGACAGAUUUUAGGAGAGCUCUUGGGCACUUUUGUUCUUCUGCUGUUUGGUUGUGCAGCAGCAGCCCAGGUGAAAACCAGCAGAGAAACUAAAGGACAGUAUCUGUCUGCUAACCUGGCCUUCUCUGUAGGUGUCAUGUCUGCCAUGUAUCUCAGCAGAGCAGUCUCAGGAGCUCAUCUAAAUCCAGCUGUGUCAUUGAGUUUUUGUAUGUUGGGUGAUCUACCCUGGUCAAAGUUGUUACCCUAUUCUCUGGCUCAACUGCUGGGAGCGUAUUUUGCCUCUGGACUGGUCUAUCUCAUCUAUUAUGAUGCAAUCAUGGAGUUCAGUGGUGGAGUCCUGACUGUAUUUGGCCCCAAUGAAACUGCGAGUAUAUUUGCCACUUACCCAACCGGUGUGGUGUCAAUGCAGACCAACUUUCUGGAUCAGGUGGUUGGCACAGCCAUGCUGAUGUUGUGUAUACUACCUCUAAAUGAUAAGAGAAAUGCUCCUGCUCCCGAAGCACUGCUUCCUCCCAUUGUAGCAACAGUCGUGUUAGGUAUAUCCAUAUCGAUGUCGGCUAAUUGUGGAGCAGCCAUAAAUCCAGCUCGUGACCUUGGCCCUCGACUCUUCACUCUCACUGCAGGCUGGGGAAUGGAAGUAUUCACAUGCUACGAUUAUUUCUUCUGGAUCCCAUUAGUCGCCCCUAUGGUUGGGGGUGUGGUGGGCUCAAUCAUAUAUCUGGUUUUCAUUCAGUGGCAUUUGCCUGACCUUGAGGAUGAGGUGGAGUCUGAAUGUAAGGAGAUUAAAGAUCAAACAAAGUUUGUGGAGCACAGUGACCUGCAACAAUCGGGCAAAAAGGACGAGAUAUACCUUAAACUGUCAGACCUUUGAAGAGCACGGGAGACUUUGAGAUGUGAACGUAAUGCGGCUCACAAUAUUGUAUUUUACGAAGAAAAAAAACUACAGAUGGGUGGACUUCAAAAUGUUUAAGCCU